GCUCUACCUGACUCUCCCAAGCGAAACGGUGCGUUCAAUCCAAGGUCCAUUUUCACGAUCUAGCUCCAGCUUGCUCAACCUCACUCUCCCAAGUGAAACGGUGCGUUCAAUCCAAGGUCCAUUUUCACGAUCUAGCUCCAGCUUGCUCUACCUCACUGUCCCAAGUGAAGCGGUGCGUUCAAUCCAAGGCAGGCAUUAUAGCUACGGUACUGAACAUCCCUAAACUACUGCAAAGAGUAUAAGUUUCGUCUUCAUCUAAUGGAGUUAAGGAGUUGCAAUCAUUUGCACUUUAUCCAGGCCAUUAAAGGUAGUUUUGUGACAAAAAUCCUCAAUGUUACUCGUGGAAGGCCUUCACUCACCUUCAAGAAGUUAGAAGACAUAUAUGAAGUUUUAGAUGCCAAAAAUCAUGAUUUGCUUCCAAUGCUUCAGCCAAAGGACAAGAGUGAAAGUUUGUUGUGUGAUAGUGAUACGACUGAGGUCAAAAGUCCCCGGCUACAUACAGUGGAAAGAAGAACUGUCAAAAGGGAGCCUGAAACAUAUGACUUAUAUUGCCAUGGUGGUGACAAUGGAAUUAACAAUGACUUGGCUGAUUUAGAAUUUAGUGAUAUGACAUUGAAGCAAAUUAAGGAUAGAUGCAAAACAAAGAAAAGGAAACGUUCAAAGUGUGUUAAAUUAAGUAUAGAAACUGCUGAAACUUCCUCCUGUCCAAGACAAGAAUUUUCUGACUUAGAAACAGAUGAAGAAGAUCUUGACCUCCAGGAGCCUCUUAGUUGUUGGAAAUCCAAACUUUCAAAGAAAAUGAAGGCAAAGAAAAAGCAUAUGAGAAAUCAUGCCUCAGCUUCAUCUCAAAGUUCCAUGUCAAUUGCUAUAUCUGAACAGGUCCCAACUGAUACAGUUUUGCCCCAGUCUAGUGGGGAUUUGUGGUCAGUUAUUAAUAUUAAAGUUGAGGAUCCUGAAUCUGAUCACUCAGAUUGCCAAAAUGUCAUGUGUGUUGGUGAUGAUUAUUCCUUGCCUUGUCGUGAGCCAAAGGGUUCUUGUGGAAUGGUAAAUAAUGAAGUGUGUGGGAGAGCUAAUGAAUGUGUUACGGAGACCCAGGUGUCAAUUUCAUCAGUGGAAGAGCCCCAAUAUUGUGUUACUAAUGAAUUGUGUUACGAGUAUAUGGAAUCUGCAGAUCCCAACUUUCUUCAGAUGUUAAGGGCCUCAGGAGGGAAUUCUAUGGAGGUGGAGUCCUUGCCUUGUCAUGAGACAGAGGGUGGUUGUGGAAUGACAACUAGUGAAUUGUGUGAGAGGGCUGAUGCAGGUGUUUUGGAGGUGUCAAUUUCAAAUGAAUUUGUUACGGAGACCCAGGUGUCAAAUUCAUCAAUGGAAGAGCCCCAAUAUUGUGUUACUAAUGAAUUGUGUUAUGAGUAUAUGGAAUCUGCAGAUCCUAACUUUCUUCAGAUUGUAAGGGUCUCAGGUGGGAAUUCUAUGCAGGUGGAGUCCUUGCCUUGUCAUGAGCCAGAGGGUGGUUGUGGAAUGACAACUAGUGACUUGUGUGAGAUAGCUGAUGCAGGUAUUUUGGAGGUGUCAGUUUCAUUGACAAAAGAGCCAGAAUAUUGUGUUACUAAUGAUAUGUGUCUUGAGUAUGUGGAACCUGCAGGUCCCAAGUCCAUUCAGAUUGUAAGGACCUCAGAUGGGGAUUCUGUAGAGGAGGAUAACACAGAAACAACCAGUCACGAGUGCUCAGGUUUUCCUGUAGCAGAUUCUGAGAAAAAGGAAUAUUCCCAUUCAGUUCUGCAUGACAUCUCCCCAGGAACCAUUUCUUCAAGCAUCAAUCAUAGUUCUUACAUUUCUGAUCUCUCUCAAAGUAGUUCUCCUAUGGACGAAAACAAUGAUAUUAACGUUCAAGCACCUCAUAUGAGCAUUUGUAAGAGCACUCAGUUCAUUGAGUUAGGAUAUGGAGGUGAUGCAUGUGUGUUUGAGGAUGACAUUGUGGCUGAUUUACCUUCUAAUCCCAAAGUCACUGUUAUUUCCAGCCCAUCUGGUGACAGUAACUUGAGUCCUGAUAGCUGUUUGGAUUCUGUUGAGGAUAAUUCACCUACAUCUGAAGAGAAGCAGCCCCAAAAGUCUGCCUGUGCUAAUGCAGAAAUAAACAUCUCAGCAGGGAUUCAUCCCUGUGAUGCUACUGAUGAGCUUAUGAUGCCAGUUGAUUUUGAAUAUUGUCAUCAUUCAAAGCCGCAGCAUCCUCCUGAGAGGCUGCUUGCAACCAGAAAGGUCAUUUCUCCAACUUCCCAAGAAAGACUCCGUAAGGCUAUGGAUUCCCUUGAGUUACAAGACAAUGAAUAUCACAAUUGUCGUGGGAAAUUAGAUUUUGAGAAGAAUAAAAUUGGUAGAGUUGAAGGACCUGAUCUGAUCAGGGGUGCUGAACUUGGUAUUAACCCUCAACAAAUUACAAGGAAACGAAAGAAUGAUAAGCGAGGCACCCCUCCCAAAAUUGUUCACAAGGUUCCUAAUCUUUCUGGUGCUGUACCACGUUUUAGCACUGGGUGCACCUCUAUCCAAAGUUGUUCACAGAGUGCCAUAGAAUUCUCACAGCAGCAGAUGAAUGACUUUGAAUGUCUUGCCGUGAAACUUACAAAAGAGUUGAAGUCCAUGAAGGAAAUUCUGGAAGAGAGGUUGCUCCCUGAAGCCUGUCCAGCAUCUUCCUUCAAAUAUAAUGUGGAUAGGGCAAGAAUGGCCAUUAAGAAUGCAACUCGAAUGGAAGAAAGCACAAAGAAAUGGCUUUCAAUGAUGGCAAGGGACUGCAACCGCUUUUGUAAAAUCAUGAGAAUGACUGAGAAAGGUUCUGGUUUUUCUGGAAAUGUUGCCCAAAAGGAAAGGAAGGAAUCUACUUCUGCCUAUGAAGCAGUAGGAAUUUUGGUCAACCAAGUACAGAGAUUGACUGAGACAGGUUCUUCUUCUUCUGGAAAUGUAGUCCACAAAGAGAAGAAGAAAAUUACUUUUGCAGAUGAAGUUGGUGGAGAGCUUUGCCAUGUCAAGUUUUUUGAGGAUGACAUGGUAUCUUUGUCAGAAUCUAUUACUGACACUCAGGAAUUGCCGGUUAAUUAGCUUUGAGAUACUUGGUUGUUGUACAAUAGCAUUUCUGGUAUCUAAUUGAUAGAAGCAGAAGGAAAUUGCUCGAGUCACGGAGGCUUUCCAUAACGCUUACUGCACAUAACUUCAAGGUUGGCCCGAAGCAGUGAUAUCAACCUCCUUUUCCUGUUAUCUACUGAUUCUUGUUCAUAUUUCCAUUUAUUUGCACUGUAUUGUAUGAAGAGAGCUAAAUCUUGACAUUAAGGGAUUAGUGAUUGCUUAAAAGAUAAUUUAUUUGAAGAUUCACUUUUCAUCUGU